CUUCCGUUUCCUCCCGCCUCUUGAGCUGGGGUGCUGCUCCUCACUGCCGGGUACCUCCUAGCCACUCCAUACCACUGGUGUCCACAGCAACGCUCCUGGCCCCCAACUGUCAUCCCUGGCUGCUGGGCCUCAGAUGCAAUGCAGGCCAUCAAGUGUGUGGUGGUGGGUGAUGGAGCCGUGGGCAAGACGUGUCUUCUCAUCAGCUACACCACCAACGCCUUCCCUGGAGAAUACAUCCCCACUGUAUUUGACAACUACUCAGCCAAUGUGAUGGUGGACAGUAAGCCGGUGAACCUGGGGCUGUGGGAUACCGCAGGUCAGGAGGACUAUGACCGCCUCCGGCCACUCUCCUACCCACAGACAGAUGUAUUUCUCAUCUGCUUCUCGCUAGUCAGCCCAGCCUCCUAUGAGAAUGUCCGUGCCAAGUGGUUCCCUGAGGUACGGCACCACUGCCCCAGCACCCCCAUCAUCCUGGUGGGUACCAAGCUGGACCUUCGCGAUGACAAGGACACCAUCGAGAAGCUGAAGGAGAAGAAGCUGGCUCCCAUCACCUACCCGCAGGGCCUGGCACUGGCCAAGGAUAUUGAUUCAGUCAAGUACUUGGAAUGUUCUGCACUCACCCAGCGAGGCCUGAAGACCGUCUUCGAUGAGGCAAUCCGCGCAGUCCUCUGCCCACAGCCCACACGACAGCAGAAGCGCCCCUGCAGCCUGCUCUAGGGGUGUCACCCCAGUCCUCCCAUCCCAAUGGUCCUGACCCUCCAGGGUCCCCACCAAAGCUCAGUGACGUGCUGGUGGAAUUGCUGUUUCUCCGUGUGGCGUUCUUUCCCAGUUAGCUGCAGAACUUGCCUCUCUCCUCCACGGAGGUCCCUGGGGAUGGGCGGAUGUUCAUAGGCCACAUCCUAUUUGGGAGGCUCCUAUGUUCCCAGGGGCCAUCAGGGACCCCCAAGAUGCAGCCAUCCAUCCUCAUACAGAGUCAUAUGCCCACCUGCUCCAGGCCUUCCUGACACCUCUCUCGAAGCUUCCGGUCUCCAUGGCCUGCCACUAGUGUGUUCGCCAUGUUGGGAUACCUUCUUCCCUGAACCAAAGGGAGAGAUGUGGAAAUCUGCUCCUCUGUUCUCCUUUUUCAGAAAAGCACAGAACAAAUCUACUUCAGUAAAUCUCUCAUCUGCCCAGCCAAGUGAGGGUCUGAGCUCAGCCAACCCCUACUGUCUCUCGAGACCUCCUACUCUACUUGAAGGGUAGAGCUGUUCCUUCUUGGGACUGUCCACUCCACCUGCCAGUCAGGACCCGAUCCAUAGCAAAUGGAAAAUACAGCUCUCUUGCUUACACAGAAAAUAAAUGUGUUGAUUCUUUUGGUGGAAGUGCAGUGAGUUCAGGCACAGCUUGAUCAAGGUGGGGCGAAGGGAUCAGAUGACACCACGGAGCCUGGCUUCCUGCCUGUUUUGGGUCUGCCUGCUGCUGCCAGGCUCAUUUUUCUGGCCAUUGAUUCUUGGGACUUGAUCCUCCGAGGUCAAGUUCAGGUGAUGUCUGCCCCAGGCAAGCUCUAAGGAAAGGUCACUCUGGUUGAACCAGCUUGUCUUAGGCCCACCUUCAAUCACACAAGUGUGUCAGAGAGAGGCUGCACUGUGGCUGGCUGUGAGUUGUGUUAGAGCCAGGAGCAGAGGUGAUGCCAGGGAGCUGGGGUAUAGAAUGGGUGUGUGUGGCGUUGGGGGAAUAAAUUCUUUAGGGAACAACCUUCUUAAAACUGGGUGGGUAUCCAGUAGCUAGGGUUCUAUAACCCCCGACUGUCAGAGGUCACGGUAAGUGUCCUUUCUACCAUUAUCAGGGACAGUUUCUGCCCCAGCUGGCACUAAGAAAAACAGAUUUUUUAAAUUUGUUUUUUUUUGUUUGUUUGUUUUGUUUUGUUUUGUUUUGUUUUGUUUGAGACAGGGUUUCUCUGUGUAGCUCUGGCUGUCCUGGAACUCACUUUGUAGACCAGGCUGUCCUCGAACUCAGAAAUCUGCCUGCCUCUGCCUCCUAAGUGCUGGGAUUAAAGGCGUGCACCACCAUUGCCCGGCUCAUUUGUUUUUGAGAUAAGAUUUUAUUAUAUAGCCUGGGCUGACCUCAGACCUGCCAUCCUCCUGCCUCAGCUUCCUAAAUUCUGGGUUUACAGAUGUAUACUUCCGUGCCUGGAUAAGGUUGAAAUUCUUACUAGAGAGUUCUAUGGAAGUUGAUGUGGUGUCCAUAUCAGGCACCCAGGGCCUGGGCCUGAGACAGUCCUACCUACAUCUUCCCUGAAUUAUCAAUCUAUGGUCAAGACCGUGGCACUGUCUGAGCUUCCACGUCCUUCUCCCAACACACUUUUGAUGGCCUGUCUGUGUCAGGUGCUACCAUAGUCUCAGAGAUUCAGUGACAUAUGUGUUGUUCUCCACCCCUCCCCCACCCCCCAGCCCUGAGUCUCCGAGGCUGAGAGAAAAUGGCUCCCCCGACAUUGGAAAGCUAGCCCUAAGGAGCUCAGCAUUUUCUGUCUCCAAGAGUUCCAGAGCUGCCCCCCAACUCCUCCCCCCCAAACUUAAGGGACUCCACCUCUGGAGGGGCUUGGCCCAGUGAGGGAAGCUUCUGUUCUUAGCUUGGCUCACAGGAGGGCAAGAUUUCUCUGACACAGAAAGAAAGGUUUUAAGCCCACAGGUGCUGUGUUCUCCAACACGGUUGAGAGGACCUGCACCCCCAUCGCUUUGGGGAGUUAAAGACCUGGGGUGCACCCAGAGUCCCUCUUUUAGCUCUCUGCUCCUUUUCUAGUGCAUGAUACUAAGCAAAACCUUACAUGAUUCAAAACCGUAGAUCUAAGCCCAGAACCUCUCAAACUAAGCCUCUAAGUAGCUAAACCUCCCCCUCCUCCUCCCCCGCCCCCUUCUGUAGGAGGCAAACCCCGGCCUGUUACCUUGAGCCUCUGUGUGAGUUGUGGAGCACACAGCCAGCCCACUGUCACCCUGACAGCUUAUUUCACCCAGAUCUCAGCUUUCACUUUAAUCUGAAUAAAGUCCCCGAUACUUUUGC